GGUAGGGUGUUACAUUGAACACCUUGAGUGGGUUGGAGGAUGGCAUACACAACGGCACCACGGGAUCCACCACCACAAUCUCAAGGUUUCAGAUCUAUAUCACCCAGACCAGGAUACCCGAUCCAACACCCGACCCAAAUCCAGAUAACACCCCAGUUACGAUACCCCCAGCAGCAUCGACCACCACCCACAUCUUUCCCUAACCCUACCCCAGUCCGACGUCCCCUUCCAACCCCAAAGUCACGUCCGGAAUCACUUCCCCCACCCGCACGUGCCGCUCAGACCCCGGCCCCGUCACGUCCGUCACCUAUCCCGGCCCCGGCCCCUUCACGUCCUGCCAUUCUCGCACAUGCUGCAUCCCUCGAGAGCACCCACAUUAAUAAUAAUCAUACAAGACGCCCUCUACCUAAUCCAGGUGCUAAAUCAACUAAACAUGCAAGCUUGGAUCUUCGUGCUCAGGUGGAAAAUAAUAUUCCAACAGAACCAGAUCUAAAUAGUGCUUUUCACUAGCUCUGUCCCAGCAUCUAGCUAUCCCAAUGUCGCUCCACAUAUAGAUGUGCGGGCUCUUCCACUCUCUUCUGCACCAGCCAAAUUUAUCCCUCACUGGAAACGCGACCUUCCCGGACCUGGUCCAUCGCCACAGCCCAGUGAGUCGUCCUCACGUGCGGGUCCAUCCAUGGAACGCAGGAGCACAGUAUCCGGCCCGGCUGCUCCAUCAAAUCUUGGUAAUACGGGGUUUACCCCUCCUGCGACUUCAACCAGCUAUUCC